UUUCAACACUUUGGGUGCGAAGAGAGGAUUUUGCAAGGAAGAAAUCUGUGUAUGCCGUUUUCAGAUCGGUCGAGGAAUUGGUUGAUGGGAGGGCGAAACUGCGGUAUGGUGGUAUGGGCCGGCGGCGAACGCGAAAGAUGCGACAGAGAGGAUCUUGGAGGAGGGAAUGGCGAUGGGCGGAGAGAAGAGAGAGAGAUUCGAGCAGCGAUAUCAGGGCGCUGGGAGCAAGUGGUGAAGUUGUUGUUUGCGACGCACGCGGUUGGAGUGAGAGACGGCGGCGGAGGGCGAAGAGGAGAAGCAAGUGAGCUGGAACAGACAAAAGACAAGAAGAACAAGACAAGACUGACAAAACCUUCCAGAAGGGUUCAGGGAUUUUUCGGGGCUAACAUUGGACGGGGCGGGGAGUAUGCCACCGAGGCCCCUAGGUAA